AACAUUAAAUUACAGGCCACCGACGGCAACAUAUUUUUAAGUCGACAAGGAUCGCAAGAAUUAUCUGAGCCAGCAUUGUGCAUAGGGCAUGAUGUUGCCCCACUGGAAGCGGCUGCUGUUCGCCGCUGUGAUUGCUGGAGCGUUAGUUUCUACAAACGCUCAAUUUUGGAAGAAUCCUGGCGCCACUGGCUCGAUCCAAGAUUCAGUUCGGCACAAUCCUAGAGAAGAUCCCGGUAGAACAUUUUCGAUUGAUGAUAGUUAUGAUAUCGUAGAUUCGGCUGGUACACACCAUAACGGUCAAUUACCUAAGAACUGCACCAGUGGAUAUGCGGGAUGUGUGCCAAAAUGCAUAGCUGAGAAGGGUAACCGCGGUUUGCCUGGUCCUGAAGGUCCUACCGGACCCAAGGGUCUCAUGGGCUACAGUGGUCCCGACGGACCCCCCGGUGACAAAGGCCAAAAGGGUGAUCCAGGUCCAUUUGGAGCUCGUGGCGAUAAGGGCGAGCAUGGCUCACGUGGUAUACCCGGUUUGCCCGGUGUAGCUGGUGUUCAAGGUCCCGCUGGAAAUCCUGGUUUUCCCGGUAUUCCUGGUAAGGAUGGCUGCGAUGGCACUGAAGGUCUGAGCGGCUUGCAAGGUCUCAAUGGCAUGGCUGGUCCACGUGGUUACCCAGGCGGCCCAGGUUUAAAGGGCGAGAAAGGAGAACCUGCCAAGGAGAAUGGCGACUAUGCUAAGGGUGAGAAAGGUGAGCCCGGAUUCGCAGGACGCUCGGGUUUCCCAGGACCUGAGGGUGAACGCGGAUUGAAGGGCGAACGCGGUGACACUGGUCCAUUUGGUCCACCUGGACCUCGAGGCGAUCGCGGUAUCAAGGGUGAAAAAGGCAACGCGUGUUUCGCCACAGCUAUGCCCGGCGAAAAAGGAGACAAAGGUGAUAAGGGUGACCCAGCAAUAAAGGUUCCUGUCACUGGAGGUCCAGAGACAGUUGUUGGACCAAAAGGUGACAAGGGUAGUAAGGGUGAAAUCGGAUAUGCAGGUGAAAAGGGUGGUUUGGGUCCAGCGGGAGAGCCAGGACAUGAUGGUCAAAAGGGAGAGAAAGGCUUGCCCGGUGGCGCUGGCACUAGAGGUCGUCAAGGUAACUUUGGUCCACCAGGUCCUGCGGGACAGAAGGGUGAUCGUGGAGAAACUGGCUUACACGGAUUGCCUGGUCAGCCUGGUUUGAAGGGUGAACCUGGACGCGCUGGUUUUGAUGGUGAGCGAGGUUUGGUCGGUCCCCCAGGUCCCCCUGGUGGCGGCCAUGGACAACCAGGAGCUCCUGGUCCAAAAGGACCUCGUGGUUAUACAGGACAGCCAGGUCCACAGGGCUUAAACGGUGUUAACGGUGCACCAGGACCUCAAGGUUAUGUGGGAGCUAAAGGCGGUCCUGGUCUACCAGGACAUGCUGGUAAUGAAGGUCCUGCAGGACAAAAGGGUGAAAAAGGUAUAGCUGGACGCGUAGGACCACAAGGUCCAAUCGGUCCAACUGGACACAAUGGUCCUCCAGGACCCGAAGGACAAAAAGGAGAGCACGGAACGCCUGGCUAUGGUAUCCAAGGCCCCAAAGGAAACGAUGGACUUAAUGGCGCCGACGGCCUUAAAGGCACAAAAGGAGAACGCGGAUAUAAGGGUAGUGCUGGCGCACCCGGCGAUUCCAAAUUAGGUAGACCCGGUACUCCUGGUCAGGCUGGUAUUCCCGGACCUCAAGGUGAUGCCGGUCGUCCUGGUAUUCCCGGUGAUAAGGGUGUUAUGGGUCCUAAGGGAGAAAUCGGCGGCAAAUGUUCUUUAUGCCCACCAGGGUUAAAGGGAGACAAAGGUGACCGUGGUGGAAACGGCAUUCCUGGAAAUCCAGGCGCUCGAGGUCCUCCUGGUGAACGUGGGUACCCUGGAGAACAUGGUGAUGAUGGAAUUAUUGGACAGAUGGGACCUCCUGGCGAGAAAGGACAGGAUGGCUCUCCCGGUGCCCCUGGUGCUGAUGGUCCUCCCGGACAAUCAGCACUUUUAGACAUGAGCCUAGUUCAAACCGAAAAGGGUCAGAAGGGAGAGUCUGGAUAUCCCGGUGCGGCUGGUGUGAAGGGCGAACGCGGUGACGCAGGUAGUCCCGGUUUCCCAGGACUAAAAGGAGAAAUGGGAAUAAAGGGUGACAAAGGAUAUGUCGGUCAACCCGGCACGGAUGGUGCGCCUGGCAGUCCUGGACGUCCUGGUGCCGAUGGUUUCCCCGGCAUAAGCAUUAAGGGAGAACCGGGACGACCUGGAUUCGAUGGUAUUAAAGGUGACAAGGGAUCAUCUGGAUAUCUUGGUCAAAAAGGCGAGCCCGGCACGUGCGCAGCAGACGAACUGAAGGCUCCAUUAAAGGGCGACAAAGGAGAGCGUGGUGCCACCGGAAUGCCUGGUAAUAAUGGACCAAUGGGACAAAAGGGUGACCUCGGUAUUCGUGGUGAAAUAGGUGCUACUGGUCCUCAGGGCCCUCCUGGAUUGGUGGGACCUCGUGGCAUAACUGGACCACGUGGUGAGAAAGGAAAUCCCGGUCAGUUUGGUGCUCCCGGUAACGAUGGCAAGGAUGGAGUUCGUGGUCCACCUGGACGUUUUGGCGAGCGUGGACAAAAGGGAGAGCAGGGCUACACUGUUGCAGGACCCCCUGGACCUCAAGGCCGUGACGGUUUGACAGGCGAAAAGGGAGAUCAAGGUUCAGUUGGAGCUCCUGGUUUUCUUGGUCCUGAUGGUAGUCCUGGUUACCCCGGUGACAAAGGUGACUCUGGCUUCCCCGGCCAACCUGGUGGAACUGGCUCAGUUGGCGAAAAGGGUGAGCCUGGUCCAAUCGGUCCUGAAGGACGUCCUGGACCUCCAGGCACUCCCGGUAUUGACGGCGUACAAGGUCGUGACGGUGCCAAGGGUGAGCCUGGUAGUCCUGGUCUUGUUGGUAUGCCUGGCAACAAGGGUGAUCGUGGAGCACCCGGCAAUGAUGGACCCAAGGGAUUCACAGGACCUGUUGGUGCUCCUGGCAAGCGAGGUCCUCCUGGUCUAGCUGGAUUCUCCGGCAUUAAGGGAGAUAAGGGUGAUCGCGGAUUAAGUGGCAACGAUGGACCGACUGGAGCCAGAGGUCCUACCGGUCCACCUGGAUUAAUGGGUGUUAAGGGUGAUACUGGACCACAGGGUCUGCCUGGACAGAAUGGAUUAGAUGGACUGGCUGGCGAAAAGGGUGACCAAGGUUUGCCUGGUUUCGAUGGAGCUCAGGGAGAACCAGGAGAUGCGUCUGAGAAGGGACAAAAAGGUGAACCUGGUGCACCCGGUGUUCGUGGUCAAGAUGGUCAGCCUGGAAGACAAGGUCUGAUUGGUGACAAGGGUUUGCCGGGCAUUGCUGUACAUGGACGCCCUGGCCCACAGGGCGAAAAGGGUGAUGCCGGUCAUGAUGGUCAAGUUGGAUUUGAUGGACGCGCUGGAGAGAAGGGCGACCGAGGUUUCCCAGGCGCACCUGGACCAAGGGGUGAGAAAGGAUUGGACGGACAACCUGGACGUCCAGGAAGCCCUGGACUUGAUGGCAAGCCCGGAGCACAAGGAGCUCCUGGACCUAUUGGAUAUUCAGGACCAAAAGGAAUCAAGGGCGAUAGAGGACCAGCUGGUGAGAGCGGUUUGAAGGGUGAUCGAGGUCUUCCAGGACAACCCGGCUAUCAUGGACAAGCAGGUAUCAAGGGUGAUAAGGGUGAGAAGGGUCCUCAAGGUCGCUCCGCUAUCGUCGACGCCAUAAAGGGAGAAAAGGGUAUAGCCGGUAUACCCGGCAUGCAUGGACAGCAAGGCCAAAAGGGAAGCAAGGGUGAAGCUGGUCAAAUUGGAUAUAGUGGCGAGAAGGGCGAUCGUGGUCUACCCGGACCUCCUGGUAUUGCUGGAUUGCCUGGAUUGGCCGGAGAAAAGGGAGAGAUUGGUUUCCGAGGAGAGACUGGCUAUCCCGGUCCUGUUAUUAAGGGAGAAAAGGGAUUGCCUGGACGUGCUGGCAAAAACGGACGUGAAGGUGCACCUGGAUUGCCUGGCUUGAAGGGUGAGCCUGGUUUGCCCGGCUUACCGGGUAAUGCCGGUCUUGUUGGUCUGCCCGGUCCCAUCGGUCCAGUAGGACUUAAGGGAGAACGUGGAUUACCUGGAGCCCCUGGUGUCGAUGGUGCUGCAGGCUUGAAUGGAGCCCAAGGCAUCAAGGGAGAAAUUGGUUACACUGGUCAGAAGGGUGAGCGUGGCGUUGCUGGUUUUGAAGGACAGAAGGGUGAGAAAGGAGAGCAAGGUAUUUCUGGUCCCCCUGGUAUCGCCGGAUUGGUUGGUCUAAAGGGAGACAUUGGUUUGCCGGGUUUGGAUGGACACCCUGGUCCAGCUGGAGCACCAGGCGAGAAAGGUUUCUCAGGUCCCAAGGGUCGUGAUGGCCGCGACGGUUUGCCCGGACAGCGUGGUCAAAAGGGAGAGCCUGGCUUGGUUCCACCACCCGGACAGAAGGGCGAACCUGGUCAUCCUGGCCGUGAUGGACAAAAGGGCGAAGUUGGCCUUCCUGGUGAACGUGGUCUCAUCGGAAUUCAAGGUGAACGCGGCGAGAAAGGUGAACGCGGCUUCAUUGGUGUUACUGGCGCCGUUGGUCGACCUGGCAUCAAGGGCGAGCGUGGUGAGCAAGGUUUAAUCGGUUUGGAGGGUGCAGUCGGUCCCAUUGGCUACAAGGGUGAGCCUGGUGCACCAUGUACCACUGCGCAAGAUUAUCUCACCGGUAUUUUGGUCACACGUCACAGUCAGAGCGAUCAAGUACCAAAGUGUGCAGCAGGGCAAGUUGAAUUGUGGACCGGUUACUCUCUACUCUAUGUUGAUGGCAAUGAUUAUGCGGCCAAUCAAGAUCUUGGCUCUCCCGGUUCCUGUGUACCGCGUUUCUCAACACUGCCCGUGAUGUCGUGCGGACAGAACAACGUCUGCAACUAUGCAUCGCGCAAUGAUAAGAGCUUCUGGCUAUCAACAUCGGCACCGAUACCCAUGAUGCCAGUAAAUGAUUUCGAGAUCAGCAAAUAUAUUUCACGUUGCGUCGUUUGUGAGGCGCCAGCCAAUGUGAUUGCUGUGCACAGUCAGUCUCUGGCGAUACCCAAUUGUCCCAAUGGCUGGGAAGGUCUUUGGAUCGGCUACAGUUUUCUCAUGCACACGGCUGUUGGCAAUGGCGGCGGUGGUCAAGCGCUGCAAUCGCCCGGCUCCUGUUUGGAGGACUUCCGUGCCACUCCGUUCAUUGAGUGCAACGGUGCAAAGGGGACAUGCCAUUUCUAUGAGACCAUGACCAGCUUCUGGAUGGUCACGCUCGAGGAAAGCGAACAAUUCCAGAGGCCCGAACAACAAACCAUUAAGGCCGGUAACUUGCUGACCCGUGUUUCCAGGUGUCAAGUCUGUGUGAAGAACUCCUCAUAAGCGGAUCAUGCCCACAUGCAAUAAUUUUAAUCUAAAUGUAAUGCCUUAACUAUACCAACGAAAAGAACAACAACAACGUGCAAAUAUGCCACAUACACACACACUUCACAAAUACACACACAUACACUGCUACCAAAUUCCUUAAAAUAACCAAACAAUGAGAAAACUAAACCAAAACAAAAGGUCCGCUCCGAUCCAAAGCGGAACUCGAUGCCAUUUUUGUAUCUGCCAUUUUAUUGUUUGCCACAAUGUUCUAAACAACAAAUGUAAACUGCUUCUUAGUUACGUGUAAGUUAAGUAAAUGAUCAAAUAAUAAACUAGCCUGGUAAUACGACAACAAUGUGAAUAGAAGGGGUUAAGCCAUAACUCGUUCAAACAAUACAAUUCUGCGACUCUUCACGAUCUUUUGUCCAGCUAGCCAGCUACAUGGUUUCACUGUCUAUAAACGAAAAUUAUUUUUAACCAGUGCUACAGCGAAUACGAACACACAUACACACAAGUUUUUAUGUUUAUGACAAAAAAAAAAUGGUAAAAAUAAAGAAAAUUUUAUAAAUACACA